AUGAAAGACGAGAAGUUGAAAACAUACCUUCCGAUGAGCUUAACGUUCUUUGUGUCGAUUUUUCAUGUCCGUAAAGAAGAAAGACGGCAGCCAUUACGAACCCGUGUCUUUGACUUCCUUUCACCGAAGUUUGCAGCGUUUCUUGAACGACAAAGGCUCCACUCUAUACCUGCUAAAAGACCAACAGUUCAAAAAGUCCAGAGAAGUAUAUUGUCUGCCCGAAAAAAAAACUGUUGGUUGUGAAAACGCGAAAGGAAACCGGCCUCAAGCAGCCCGAUAACUCACAGCCGAAGAGGAAGACAUCCAGAAGCCUUGCAGAGAACGGUAUGAUGGCUCUUCUGGCUACAUUUUGGCUUUCGUGCACGAGACGAGAGCAGGCAAUUAAAGUGGGUAGACGAAAAGCUUUGUAAAGACCAAACGACUGGCAACGUGUUCUUGCUUUGGGAAGCAGAAACAGGAUGCAAAACAAGGCAUGGAGACGGUUAUUAUCGAGCAUUCAACCACGUGGCCCAAGCUACAAGCAACGACCGAUGUCCGGUAAAGUUUUAUAAAGAAUUCUGUAGACGUGGCCCAGAUGAAAUGAAAACCGCCGAGUCUCCCUUCUACUUGGCGAUCAAACGUAAACGAAUGCCUCAAAAUCCAAGUUUUUUAAGUUUAGAUAUAGGUAAUGAGAACCAUAUUGGUGUCCUAGUAAUAAAUUUAUGGCACAACAGUCCCUAAAUGUUAGAUAAAAAUGUAGUGUGAAAUAUGAUAGUGUAAAGGCCUCGUGUUGUUGGCACAAUGCGUGCUUAAGAUAAAAAAUUUUAUAUGAUAAGCCUGAGAAUAAAAAAUAAAAAACACUUGUAUGUGUAUAAAUGUGAACCUAAGAAUUGUAAGUGUAGGUGUAGGCUUUUGGAACAAAAAAUGGAGAUGCGUGUGUGAAAUUGUAACGGUAAAAUAUCCUGUGGUGUAAAAUUUUUUUAGAUCAUACUCACCGAGCAUAAUCUCGCUGUACUAAAAAGCUUGUAUGGAGGUAUCUUUGGUAUGGUAAAUAUCAAAACAUUAAUAUUCAUCUCAACCACCAUAUUUCACCGUUUCAAUUAAUACAAAUAUCGAGAAAUAUUAAAAUGACAGACAAAUUUCGUGGCAGAAAACUUUUUGUCACAAACUGUGCCACGUAGCAUUCACACUACUUAACACUCACCACUGUCACAUCCAUUUCGAACUACCGUUCACCUUUCAAAGAAGGAGAAGUAGACGGAAGACAAACUUUGUGGCAAAAAAUCUUCUGUCACAAACUCUGCCACGAAGCUAUCAAAACACAAUAUAUCCUUCGCUAUCCAUUUGAAACAACUUUCAAUAAUAUUUUCAACCGAUGUUUCCACUUUCAUCAGAGACAUAUUCAUACAACAUCGAUACACCCAACCCACUCGAAACUUCCUAGGCCCACUCCCUAUUCAACACUUUUCAAUCAACUAUUCUGAGCAGUAAUCCCAACCUAACCCAAUCCCCACCGGAACCUUAACCCAAAACCUUAUUCCAAACCCUUAUAAUCCAAACCCUACCAUUCAUGUCUCUUUUUAGCUUGAAUGUUCAGACGUAUGUUCAGACUUAUGUAUCACUUAUAUUUCAUACCAUUUUACAACUCAUAUAUCACCAGUAUCAUCACUUUAUAUCUACAUUAUAAAUCAAGCUUCACCAACAUCAUCACAGUCCAUGCAUUAUCAUAACAUAAUUCACUAAAAUCAUCAUUAUCUACACCAUUCCAAUUCUAUCAGUCACAUUGAUCGAAAUUUCAUUUCACUCCACACACCAUUUGAUGUUCACCCAAUAGAAUGUCACAACAGGUCAGCAGGGCCAUCUCACAGCAUUCCAGGAUCUGAAUACCUGCAACCACCUUUUUUAUCCAAUUCCAAAAAAACAAACAACAGUAUGCGAAAAGCCCAAAGGUUAAUGCAGUCAAAAAUGCAGAUAUCCAGGGCAAUAUUACCAAUCACAGUGUGAGAUAAACAUGUAUUUCUCGAUUAAUGGAAGCCAACAUCCCUACCAACUACGUAGCCCAACUGUGUGGACAAAGAAAUCUCAAAAGCCUUGAUUCGUAUAAAACAGCAUCCGUUGUACAUCAGCGAAAAAUGUCCCGUAUUCUCAGCCGUUCGGGAGAAUAGUUUGGCCAAGAAAACACCAGAAUUGACCAGGCAAUGGCCCCAUCUUCAAACACAAUCGCUAAACAAAUCAUCACAACAACAAACUCAGUUCCGCCAUUGGCAUCGAGCUUAUUUUCAGCUGCUUCGAUCGGGAAAUUUGAUAGCUGUACAUUCAAUUUCAACUAUGCGAACAGUGAAUAACCAAUUAAACGCCGACGAGUUAUCAUUUCCGAUGAUUCGGAUAGCUAUUGAAAAACUUUGUUUCGUUUUCCAAUACAUUAAAUGGUGUAAAAGUUGUUUUUAAACGCACUUUGUUUUUUGUACUUGAUUAAUUUAUACAAUUGUUCGAUGACUGACUGUUACAUUGACCGACGUUGACGUGGACUUUGAGCAGGAAUUAUACAUGCAUAUGAACCGCACGUACAUUAAAUUAAAAUAAUUAAUUAUGUAAUUUUGCAAAUAAUUUUAAUGAUGGAUAAAAUAAUUGUACUGUAUUUUAAUUGAAUUAUUUGUUUUCUAAAGUAAAAUAAUUAAAUAUAAAAAAAUUUUAUUGUUUUGUUUUCUAUAUGCGCAAUCUAAUAAAACCGUUGCCAUUUGCCUCUGAGUCUUUGACAAAAAAUAAAUACGUUAAGUAAAAGUAAAAUAAAUACGUUAUUAAUUUUUGUCUCGGCAAAAUAUUUUUUAAUAACAUAUAUAUACGUAAUACAAGCCUCAAUUUAAGGUAAAAUUCAACCACAAACGCUUCGCAAAACGUUUUAAAGUCACUAGUGUUCUUUAUAAAAUUAAACUGCCAUUUGAAAUGGCUUUAUCGAUAAACUUUGAAUUUGCAAUAAAAUGAUUUCAAAUUCUCGCUUUAAUUUAAAAAAUUCAAUAUCAUAAAAAAGGGAAUCAAUAUUAAAGAUACACUGAAAUUAUGUGCUGUUUUGUUUAGUCGUUUCAUUGCAAAGGCCUUCGGGUUUUAAAGCCAUUAUAAAAUCAAUAUUUAAAACAAACUUACCUUCGUUAACGUCGGCUCCCUUCUUUUAGCCGAUUCUUUCGCUGUUUCUUUCUGAGAACUUUUGAAAUUUACAAAAUCUUGCAAACACACCCAACACCUAAACAUCGUUGUCACCCACGCGCGCGAUAAUUGAUGAACUUUAGACUUCGCUAAUGCUUUCGCUUCCCCAGGUGCAUUUGUCGUAUUAAUAUUUUGUUGCCAAGAACAUUUUGUCGUAUUAAUGUUUGUGAGUCAUAAGGCAUGAUCAUUUUAAUUAUUAUUAAUUGAAAGCAAUUCAAGAGUUUUGACUGGUCAAGAGCUGUGGAUGAAUUCGUCAUAUCUGUUCGGUGGUUGCCCAAAUUUGGAGUUAUGACAUCACCAUUGACUAUUGAAAACACAUAUACGACAUUGUGAUGUCACACUAAUUUAUGCUGCUUAUAUUCCAAAAGCUGGAAAAUACAAAUGGCUUCCUCAAAGGAAAGGUUCGCCGACCUUGGGGAAGCUGAAAUCAAAAUAUUGCUGGAAGAAAAAGACUCAGUAAACAAAAAAGCGAUUUUUGAAGAGUAUCUACGAGAAAAGAAGCUUGACCAUCCAGAGAAUAGCGAAGAACUUGCUUCGGUUCUCAAAAGCUUUUAUGCUGAAGUGAGAAAAAAAGAUUGGUCAGAAUACACAAAAAAUUCGCUGUGUUACAUAAGAUUUGGACUGAACAUAUACUUUAAGUCUGUUUUCAACAACGAUAUUAUCAAGGAUAAAGAGUUUGAAGAAGCAAAUGGCGUGUACGAGGCUCAUUGCGUAUAUUUAAAGAAACGAGGACUUGCCAAAACUGAACACAAGCCACCAAUAGCCGACGAAGACAUUAAAAAACUAUACGAAAGCAGCGUUUUCAAUACAGACAGUCCAGCUACUUUGCAAAACAAAGUCUUCUUUGAAAUUAUGUUCUUCUGUCGUCGAAGAAGGCAGAAUUUCGGUGAACUAAAGAGUGACGACUUCGCUAUUAAAACGAACCCACAAGGGAAUGAUGGUUGUCAACGAUAG